UCUUUUUUUUUUUUUUUUUAAGUUAUAACAAUGUUGAGAACAACUUUGAACACAUUUAAUAAAUCUACUCGUCUUAUUCAAAAACCAUUGACUCUAAGUGGAACUCGAUUCUAUCAUGAAAAAGUGAUUGAUCAUUAUGAACGACCUCGCAAUGUAGGUUCUUUUGCUAAAGGAGAAAGUGGUGUUGGUACUGGUUUAGUAGGCGCUCCUGCUUGUGGUGAUGUCAUGAAGUUACAAAUCAAAGUGGAUGACGAAACUGGAAGGAUCGUGGAUGUAAAAUUCAAAACUUUUGGUUGUGGCUCAGCAAUUGCUUCUAGUAGCUUUAUGACAGAACGUGUUCGUGGUAUGACUUUGGAGGAAGCUGGAAAAAUCAAAAAUACUGAAAUUGCAAAAGAAUUAUGUUUACCGCCUGUCAAAUUGCAUUGUUCAAUGCUUGCUGAAGACGCUAUUAAGUCUGCAAUACUUGAUUACGAAACUAAACGCAAACGACCACAAUGAAUACAUUAGGAACCAUUUACACAUAGCUCAGUUUUCCCCAUUUAUUUCUAGUCUUUCUUUUAUUAUUAUUCAUCCAUAUAUAUAUAUUAUUACUCAGAUAAAGAAAAGGUUUCUUUUUUUUUAAAAAAAAAAUAUUGUGUAUGUGAUUUAUUUUAUGUUGAUACUGUAGUACUGAUCAUUCGAUUAUAAAAAUAAAACGUAAACGAACUAAACCAUUUAUCGUUCCAGGUGUCCUGCUG